GGUGGGCUGAUCCAGCGAGCCUCUUCCGGUGGAUACGUGGCUCUCCGCCGCCGCUGCCAUAUUGACGCUAGCUAGCUAACGCUCGGCCGCGCUCGAAGUCAGCUGCGUUCGCUCCCUGCCGCUCCACCGUGACACGAAAUUCCCCCGAAAAGAAGACACACGACGGACUGACGGCCGCUCGCACACGAAAGAGAGACCAAACAUGGUGCUGUUGGCAGCGGCGGUGUGCACCAAGGCCGGCAAGGCCAUCGUGUCGCGGCAGUUUGUGGAAAUGACCCGCACACGGAUCGAGGGCCUCCUGGCCGCCUUCCCCAAGCUGAUGAACACGGGGAAGCAGCACACCUUCGUGGAAACGGACAGCGUUCGCUACGUGUACCAGCCGCUGGAGAAACUCUACAUGGUCCUCAUCACCACCAAGAACAGCAACAUUCUGGAGGACCUGGAGACACUCAGACUCUUCUCCCGCGUGAUCCCAGAAUACUGCCGCGUGCUCGAGGAGAGCGAAAUCUCAGAGCACUGUUUUGACCUCAUCUUCGCCUUCGACGAGAUCGUGGCGCUCGGCUACAGAGAAAACGUGAACUUGGCUCAGAUCCGCACCUUCACAGAGAUGGACUCCCACGAGGAGAAGGUGUUCCGAGCAGUCAGAGAGACUCAGGAACGCGAGGCUAAAGCAGAGAUGAGGAGGAAAGCCAAGGAGCUGCAGCAGGCCAGGAGAGACGCCGAGCGCUCCGGGAAGAAGGUGCCGGCGUUUGGCGGCUUCGGUAACGUGAGCAGCGUGUCCUCCGGCUCCCUCAUCACAGACACCAUAGUGGAACCCGAGAAGCCCAAGAUCACACCAUCCGCAGUCCGAUCAAGCGGACCCAGCCGGGCCCUGAAACUCGGGGCUAAAGGGAAGGAGGUGGACAACUUUGUGGACCAGCUGAAGUCUGAGGGGGAAACCAUCAUCUCCACCUCAGGAAAGAGAGGCUCCGACGUCUCCAAAGUCCUGCCACCACCAGUCAACAUGGAGAGCGUUCAUCUGCGCGUGGAGGAGAAGAUCUCGCUGGCCUGCGGCCGCGAUGGCGGCCUGCAGAACAUGGAGGUGCUGGGCAUGGUGACGCUGCGAGUCACAGAUGAGAAAAACGGACGCAUCCGCCUCAUCAUCAACAACAACGACAACAAGGGCCUGCAGCUUCAGACGCAUCCUAAUGUGGACAAGAAGUUAUUCACAGCGGAGUCUGUGAUUGGCCUGAAGAACCCAGAGAAGUCGUUCCCUCUCAACAACGACGUUGGUGUGCUGAAGUGGAGGCUGCAGACGACAGACGAGUCCCUCAUCCCUCUAACCAUAAACUGCUGGCCUUCAGAGAGCGGCUCCGGCUGCGACGUCAACAUCGAGUACGAGCUGCAGGAGGAGAACCUGGAGCUCAACGACGUCGUCAUCUGCAUCCCCGUCCCGUCUGGCGUGGGGGCCCCUGUGAUCGGAGACCUGGAUGGAGAAUACAAACACGACAGCCGGCGGAACCUCCUGGAGUGGUGCCUACCAGUCAUCGAUGCCAACAACAAAACCGGCAGCCUGGAGUUCAGCAUCGCCGGCCAGCCCAACGAUUUCUUCCCCAUCAAUGUGUCCUUUGUGUCCAAGCGCAGCUACUGUGACAUUCAGGUUACCAAAGUGUCUCACGUAGAUGGCGACAGCUCCGUCAGAUUCUCUACAGAAACCUCCUUUGUUGUUGACAAAUACGUAAUCGAGUAAAAAAAAAAAA